CAGAGAACCGGUGUUACAGUUUUAACCAAUAGUUCUGUCACUUUACUUCCUCCAGCGAUUUUGGAACGUUUACUGUUGAAAAGUGAUAUCCCAAGUAUAAAUACAGUAAAGUAUACACAGUAAAGGGUACAAAAAAGGAAAACAUUGGAUUAGUAACACGAGCCGACUGUUCAUCCCACUUUGGUAAUACGUGGCAAUGCCUGACGUCAUUAGAACGCGGCCAUCUUUCCACAGUUAGUGCGUUUGCUACUUCUCUUUUGGCUCAAUACAUUGGAAAGUGAUUGAUUUUCCACCCACUCGUUUCUCUGGAAUAUCAAGAUUUCAGGUAGGAAUACCGAAAGCCGGGAAGAUGAUGGAAGAAAGUGGAAUAGAGACCACCCCACCCGCCUCCCCUUUGCCUCCCCCUAGCAUGGCAGCCGCAGUCAACCCCCCUCCCCUGACUAUGUGCCUGUCCAGUCCCCUGUCCCUCCCCAGAACCACCGGCAUAUCCACCUUCGCCCCCGAGGGCUUCUCAACCCCCGCCCCUCUCGCUGUCUCCACCUCCAUCCCCCCUAUCCACUCCUCCGCGCCCCCUCCCUUCGGCAGCCCCAUACCCACCCUGUCCUACCCCCCUCCGCCCAUUGGGGGAGCACCUUACACCCCCAGCCCCAUGGCCUUCUCCUCCCCCUAUCCCUCCGCGCCCCCGAUGGGCGCUGUGGCCCUGCCUCCGACCGGUCCGGUGAUGGCGGCGCCACCGAUGGGCCCGCCCACCACAGGCUUUACCAUGAGUGCGGGCUAUGACAUCACGCGGGGACACGCCGGACGCACACCGCAGACGCCGCUCAUGCCCAGUUUCUCCAGUGCCGCCCCGAUGACAGGGGUAGUAUCCAACCCAAUGGUGCAACAGCCAAUGAUGUCAGGGGGUCUAGAUGCCGGCUCCCCCAUCACCUUCCCUGAGGUCGAAAACGAGGACCCCCGCCUCGCCGUAGAUGCCAACGCCGGGGGCGGCAUUUGGGGUUUCUUCAAGGGCGUGGCAGGUAACCACAUGGUAAAGACGGUCCUGGAUAAGACCAAGCACUCAGUGGAAUCCAUGAUCACCACUCUGGACCCGGGCAUGGCUCCAUACAUCAAGUCGGGCGGGGACUUGGACAUUGUAGUGACAUCAGACAAAGAGGUGAAGGUGGGGGCAGUGAGAGAUGCCUUCCAAGAGGUGUUUGGCAUGGCCAUGGUGACCGGGGAGGCCGGCCAGUCCAACAUCGCCCCCCAGCCCGUUGGCUACGCAGCCGGAGUCAAGGGGGCCCAGGAGCGCAUUGACAGCCUGCGGCGGGCGGGCGUCAUCCACGAGAAGCAGCCCGUGGUCUCUGUGGAGAACUUCAUCGCCGAGCUUUUCCCCGACAAAUGGUUUGACAUUGGCUGUCUAAUCCUGGAGGAUCCUGGAGCUGGCAUUCACAUUGAGACCUUCACUCAGGCUACGCCACUGGCCUUGGCGCACGUCCAGCAGGCCCAGUCCCUGACCCCACCGGACUACAGCCUUCGCUGGUCGGGCCUACUGGUGACGGUGGGCGAGGUGCUGGAGCGCAACGUACCCAAUGUGUUGCGCACGGACUGGCACCAGGCCUUCACGGGCAUGUCCCGCCGCCAGAUGAUCCAGAGCGCCGCCAAGGCCCUGGCGGGCAUGUACAAGCAGCAGCUUCCACCCAGGACAAUGUGAGGUGGCACCAUAUCCCCCAGCCACCAUGUCUUUAAACUGACAACUAGGGGGAGGGAGAACCAGAGGAGGGAAGAGGGGGUUGGGCAGAAGCGACAGCCGUUUCACCAAAUGGGAUUCCUACUCUGCUUCUAGCUGUCCGUCCUGAUUGGGCAAAAAUCCAAAUGCAAUUAUUUUCGUUAUGUUUUAUUAUUUGUUUGUAGCAAGGUUUUAUGGGUUGAAACAUUCUGACGUGCCAACUGGAUGGAGAGAAUGACGGAAGUGGAUUGUUCCUUCAAAAACAGGAAAUCAUCAUUUAUUUCUAAAUCAACUUUUUCCCCCCAGCUAAGGCCCAGAAAGAAAUGCCGUUUUAGAGAUAGCAUAGCAAACUAGCUCAUUAAAGUAAUGAUUGAUUAUUUGAAUUUUGUCGAUUGUCCCUCUUUUAUUGAGAAAGUAUUAUUUGUGAUCCUUGAUGGUAAAUAUCGGCGAUCUAAUUAACUUAAUUUGUUGUUCAACAAAUUGUAUUCAUGUCAUGUAAAUAUGUAGAAUGCGGUGUUGUAUUACUUUUGGAUGAACACGCAGGCGUUUUGUAAAUGGGGAACGAUAGUGCUUUGUCUGUUUUUGCAGGGAACUCAUUUUGACAGGUCCGGAGUUCGUCACAUUUCCAUUAUAGGUCCAUUAUCAUUUCUACACAUUUUCGCUUUUGGUAUUAGUCAUUUUAAAGUGUAUUGAUUUUGUCAGUACAGCUUUUUUUGCCAAUAUUUGGGCAAAUAUCAGAAUUGGGCUGCCUGUAUAAACACAGCCAUUUACUCAAACCACCUGUGGGCCAGAUUGGACCCCUGUAUGUUUGACGCCCUGUUUUUAGAGAGUAUAGCCAGUGCUAGUUGGUGUAGUAUGUCAACCACCAACCUUCCAUUUCUUUCUCCCUACCACUUGUAUUUUUUUUCUGUAUGAAUUACCUGCAGGCUAAAUGCUAUCUUGAGAUGUAACUUAACAUUUAUCAUUGCAUUUAGCGUAUAUUUAUGCACAUCUCUCAUUGACGUCAACUUGGGAUUUACGUAAAAGUCCAUUUCACACUUAGCCUAUGUAACUCAAUGGAGGCUUUGGACUGAAUGAGCUGUAAUGUGCGCACCAAAAUAUCAGGGCCUUAAAAUCCAUUAGUUGUAAUGUUUUGUUGUGUGUGUUAAUGUAACAAUUGUUGUCUGUACAUUAACGCUACAUAGGUUAUUACAUGUACACAUACUUUAAAUGUUAGUGAAGGCCAAUGAUUUUCAAAUGGAGACGGGUGAAAUUACAUUCUUUGAUCUAUGAAUUGGAAUGAUUCCUUGGAAGGUGUUUCCUGAUAGACAAGUAAUUUUCUAUGUGAUUUAUUGGAACUCAGUUUAUCGUAAGUCAAUUCUUUAGUUUGUCCAACAUUACCAUUCUGUUCUAUACUGUGUGAAGGCACCCCUUGCAAGAAAAACACUUUUUUGUAUUUAUUUUUACUCGAGUGAUAACAGAAGAGUGCAACAAGAAAACACAAAGCUGUAUAUGACCUCUGGGGUUGUUUGGAAGGCAAUCCAUUUGUUAUCCGUUGCUGCUGCCUGAGGCAGGAGUACGUUCUGUUGUCCAAAACACGGAAGUCCCAUGGUAGUGGGAUGCAACACCACUAGAUCAAGAGGUGAGUAAACAACUUUUGUCAGAUAGUUAUUCAACUAUACCAGAGAAAUACUAGGACUGCGUCUAAACUCUUUGCUUUUUAACUGGUUUUAUGUACAAAACAGUGAUUUUCUGUGUUGGGCUUUUCUUAACUCCUAAAUGUGCCUUCAUGGGGAGAGUAAAUAUCCAUUUUUUUCAUACCUA